UUCUCUCUAAAUCAACCUCUCCAAGUCUUGCAUUUUUGAAAAAGAUGUCUUGGAAACGUUCUUCGUUGGCUGAUACCGGCUUCUUCUACGAUGAAGACCUCCGAAAUCAAGACAUGGACCCUCUCCCGCCCCAUGUUAAAAGUCUGGAACAGGCAAUGCUUGACUUUACAUGCCAGAACUUUGACCCUACUACUAAAACAGAUCUGAAUAUCCAAAAUGAAGCAAAAAGACUUGCCAAUGGGGGUUUCAGUGAAGAUCGCUGGGACGAUUUCUUUCGAGCCUUUUUUCUCGACCCACUAAUGGAACGUGCCUCGAUCUCAGGGAGGAGACCUCGCAUGUCAGUAUAAACCUCCAUCUUAGGGCUCUUCGCCGAUAUUCAUUCUCCCAGAUCCUCACGAUGCCAAUACUACUAUGACUCUAUAGUGUUCGAUACAGAUGCCUUAUGGACAACCUUCAAUAAAAGAAAAGAAAAAAGUCAACUUUUAAAAACUCCGAAGCCCGAUCUCGUCUUCUGUCUUCCGAUGUAUCACCCGGACUCUCAUAUACCUACGGUAACUCUUCACGAAGCGCGGGAAUGGCACAAAGCAACAACGCCAUCCCUCGUGGAACCAUUCUCAUGGUCCACUUUGAAAGAUCUACAUCAACAUGGCUUGAAACCUACUCCCUUUAAUAUUCUCAAUACGAAGACCCCCCUAGAAGCAGACUUGAUUUCCUAUCCUUGGCUUAUUGUCGAAUACAAAAGAGCAAAGGGCAAAGCAAGGAGCACCACUGCUGGACCCAGGCAACUGGAGGAGGUUGUUUACUGUCAAGCAGCGAAUGCAAGUGGAUGUGCCGUCAAGCUGAAUCAGAAUGCCGCGGAGUUCGCUGUUCAGUUGGCCGAUGAAGCACAGGUCCCUCCUGUUCCAACUAUUACCACAGUCGGACCCCAAGUCAAGGUGUGGAUAACCUUUUUUGCUAAAGAUUUCAUGGCAUAUCGCUUCAAAGAUAAGAAGAAUCAGCAAUUCCAUGGAUACAAAGAGGGUUAUAUAAUGCAAUGUAUCUGGACAGGUGACAUGACUGAGCCUCACGAUAUUUUGAAAUUCCGACUCAUACUGGAAAACACAUAUACCUGGGCCAUUCGGGUGUUCAAGCCAUUGGUGGCCACAUAUAUCGAUCAAUGGAGGUUUGCUUACCCUGCUGAUAGCCCAAGCUUGGCGAGCAUGGCAAGGGCACGUCAACAAGAUAAGUUGGAGCUCACAAGGAGCACAGUUCGAUCAAUUCAAUGUGCUCUAGAUCCUCAGCUAAACCCCAAAGCUGGCAAGGAUUGGCAUCGUGGUGUUUCGAUGAGGCUGAGGGAUCUCUGCGAGACAUUCGUCCAAGACGUAGACCAAAUGAUUGAAGAGGAGCUCGAGUCCUCGCGCAGAAGUGCACGUGGAGCUAGCAAACAAUCUCGGGGAUCAAAUCAUGCCGCAGGAUUCAACAGCAAUGGCCCGAGAAACAUUGAACACGAGGGCCUGCAACCCAAACAGUCUGGGAGUCCUGAUUCUGCAAGCAUGACUCCACUGAGUGCUCCACAGAGCAUGCCACCAAGCGAAACGAGUGGUGCAGUUGAGGUAGUCUCGUCAUAUCUCAAAGCAGGCAUGGCAGUUUGGAGCAGCUGGGGUACCCAACAGACGAGAAGACCGGAGUAAUCAUCUUGCACCACCAAUUGAGAUUGAAAUGGUGUCGAACUAUGGAUAAUCAGUGUAUCUAGGAAUAGGGGAUUUCAGGGCUGUUUUAGGUAAUGUUCUAUCAGAAAGAGACGUAUAGGAAGUUGGUAAGGAUUAACUGCUAGGUGAGACAUGUAUGAGUGUAUUUCUUUAGGUGAAUAGUUUUCAAUAUUGCUCGACAUAUAGUUGCAGAAGGAGGAUUGUAUUAUACUGUAUUAUUAGCUAAAUUUCUAUCUAUGUGUAGACAAAGCUUGAGCAAGAACUAUCAAUGUCUCAC